AUGGACGACACGACUUCCUCGCUCCUCAGCUCCAUUACCAGAUCGAACUUGUCUACGGCUUACGAUGACGCAAAAAAACUUCUUGUCAAGGAGUUCUCGCUAUCAAGGUACGACCGGGUGAAAGCGUAUUUGGAAGCGGUGCCAGGUCCGGACGAGAAAUUGACAAUUUUUAAUUCCCGGAUCGAAUCGCUGAUUGACGGUCUUUCGUUCGAAGACGUCUCGAAAUUCUGUAUUCUCCGCCAUUCACCUGCUGCAGUCCGCCUCCAACUCUCGGGCUUGAGUUUCGAUGACAAGUCUUUGGCCGACCUUCUCAAAGAGGCGGAUUCCUUGGCACAACGUGCUACAAUUGAUGCCAAUAUCGUAGCAGCCGUCUACAACAAGUCUAAAAAGGAAAAAAACAUUUGUAGUUUCCAUCGGAAAUUUGGUAAGGAGGCACGUACGUGCACGGGCAAGGCAAG